GAGUAGAUUUACCGUAAGGACACGGCUAGCUCCAUAGUGCCAUUAGCUCCGGUUUACAACGCGGCCAGUGUAUUUGAAUUGAGGGGGGGAAACCUUACGUAUUGGUGGUUUCUUUCUGCUUGGUUGGAACCAACUCCGAGAUGCCUCCUUAGAGAAGAAGAGCCUUCCGGAGGCUUAUCAUUAAAGACAUAUUUUGACGUAAAGCGUGCCCGAAACGUCAGCCAAAACGUCGUUUGUAUUGUUUACUUUUUGUUUUGAAACGACAACAAGCACCGCGUUGCAGAGAUUACCUGGCUGUGAUUUAAACUCUUACGGGGAUGCCUAAUGCCAGCGCAAAGCCAAAGCACAGUGGCAGGAGAACCCGUAGGCGUCCUCGAGAGGACCCGGCCAGGAAUGAACUGCUGGCCAGCUCCUUGGAAAGUGCCCAACAGUGCCUCUUCAGCCAAGACUAUGGGCCCGCAUUUGUGCACUACCUUGUGGUCCUCAACCUGGCGCCCGAGUUCAAGGACUUUGCCCGGGAGUCCUUCCGCUUCACACUCUUUAAAUGGGCCGAGGAGCUGGACUCAGCGGGCCGCAUUCAGGACCUCUUUGGCUGCUACGAGCAAGCACUGGAGCUCUUCCCUGCAGAUGAGCUCAUUCUGAACAGCAUGGGCGAGCACCUCUUCAGAAUGGGCUUCCGAGAUGAAGCGGCGGGCCAUUUCUUCAAAGCCCUGAAGCUGAAGCCAGACUUCCCGGAGGCCAGGGAGAACUUUUACCGUGUAGCUAACUGGCUGGUGGAGCGCUGGCACUUCCUCAUGCUCAAUGACCACGGCCGCAACCGUAAAUACCAGCAGGCCAUCCAGAAGGCGGUGCGCGGCGGCUGCAACACUGUACUGGACAUAGGUACUGGCACUGGGAUCCUUGGCAUGUGCGCUAAGAAGGCAGGGGCCACCGAGGUUUACGCCUGUGAGCUUUCCAAGACUAUGUACGAGCUGGCCUGCGAGGUGGUGGCGGCCAACGGGAUGGACGAAGGCACCAAGAUCCUCCACAUGAAGUCUUUGGAAAUGGAAGUGCCGAAGGACAUCCCACACAGAGUGUCGCUGGUGGUGACAGAGACUGUAGACGCUGGCUUGUUCGGAGAAGGUAUCAUUGAGAGUCUCAUCCACGCCUGGCACCACCUGCUCCUUCCGCCGCAGAGUGGGGAGACUGCAUCCACGGACCCUUCUGCGACCGGGAGGGUCAUCCCCGCCAGAGCCACCGUCUUCGCCAUGGCUGUGGAGUGCUUGGAGAUCCGUCGGCACAAUAAGCUUUGCGUGUCGGAAGUGGGCGGUCUGUCAUUGGCGGCGGCCGAGCAGCUGCGCAGUCCGGUGAGCUGCAGCACUGAGCCAGAUGACUCCAUGGAGCCGUACACCACCGAGAGACUCAGCAGGCUGCCGGGAGGCUACACGGCCCUCACUGAGCCGUUCACCGUCCUCCACAUCAACUUCAACCACGUGCAGGAGCUGGAAGGUCUGAGCUCCAGGCCGGUGCAGCGGGUGCGCCUACCAGUGGUGCGGGAGGGCGAGCUGGACGCUCUGGCGGUGUGGUUCCAGCUGCACCUGGACGAAGAGAGCAGCCUGUCAACAGGACCCCAUGAGGACACCUGCUGGGAGCAAGCCAUCUACCCUGAGCACACCACCAAGGGUUUUCUCCUAAAAGGCGGCGACGAGCUGAUAGUGGAAGUGUCCUGCCGGGACGCCUACCUCAGGCUGUGCAGCGUUUCUGUGCUACGAGCCGGUCAGGAAAUCCGUCUCGGCACGUGUCCGGACCCUCGUGACUCCGAUGACUUCGUCCCCAACGUGGAAGCGGAGCUGUGCAGUGCCCUGGCAUCGCUCCAAACGCGGCAACACCAAGACGUCUGCAUGUUGGAGUGCUCGGAAAUGGCGCUCUUGAACAAUUCCGACUACCAUCGGAGCUUUGCCGGCGCCUUGUCCAAACUCAUCAGCCGGUUGAAGUCCCAAUCUCAAAGUCUGCAGGACCCUUCCGGUGUUCCUUCGCAAGUUGGUGAAGAACCCUUCACUGCGGACCCUUUGUACAUUCUGGAUGUGUCGGAGGGCUUUUCCAUGCUGUCCCUCAUCGCUGCCAGCCACGGUGACGUGAAGGCCUACAGCUCGGUGGAAAAGAGCAAGCAACAGGAAGUGCUGGAACACCUUGCGCGCGCCAAUGGCGUUCCGGAGGGCAGCUUGGAGUUUUGGCUCAACCAUGGCGAGGAUGAGCAGGGUGAGCUACAGAGGCCCUCGCGCGAGAAACUGUGGAGCGCCAUCUUCCUGGACUGCGUGGAGACGUGCGGGCUCGUCAGGCAGAAGCUGAUGGAGAAGGCGUCCCUGGCUAGAUGUCUGCUGGAGUGCGGCGGUCGCGUCUUCCCACAUAAAUUGAUGAUGUUCGGCGUGCUGGUGGAGUCAGACACGCUGCUGCUGGAGAGUGCCGUCCAGGGCCGCGAGGCCACGCUCGGCUUCGACAUCGCACCGUUCAUCAAUCAGUUCACCGUUCCAGUCCACGUUUUCCUGGAUUUUUCCACGUUGGCAUGUCGACACCUCAGCGAACCGACUGAGCUCUUUGUUCUGGACCUCAUGGACUCUGACGCUAACUACGACGAGAGGGAGGUCCAGGUCCAGUCGACAUUGUCGGGCAGAAUCACUGCGGUGCCUUUCUGGUACGACAUCCACCUGGAUGAGGACACUCGUGUCAGUACGCUGGCCCCGAACUCUCACUGGAAGCAGGCUGCCGUGGUCCUGCAGCGCCCACUUGAGGUCAUGGUCGGAGAGACGGUCCGGCUCACCGUCAAGCUCCGCAACAGCAGCAUCUCCAUCGAGGUGCGGAGAGAUGAGUGAUGUUGCAACAAAGUGGUUGCAUGAAUUGUUUUUCAACUGUGCCACUUGGCCUUUUCGCGUUGCGUUCACCUCUGAAAAACUAAGAACAAAAAAAACUACAUUUUAAUAAUAAAUACAAUUGGGAAAAUAAACGAACUGUCUUUUUUAUGAACAAACCACCAUUUGUUGUUUUAUUCGGAAAAAAAUAAAGCUACGGAAGGCAUUAGAAUGAAGGGCCACACUGAAAAGAGCAACAAAAGUGUUUUAUUGACCCGUUGCAGCUGCGUCACGUGAUCACGCGAGUGCACCACGAUGUACGGCCACAGUGAAUGAAUGCCGACCUGAAGUGGCCGGAAAAACGGGAGCGAUUUAGCGACUGCUAAGUUAUUUUUGCCCAUCUAGCCAUGACAUCCACCUCUUCAACAGCUGUGUUCACUGUUUUAAUCAAAUCGCAGAGUUUUUGUUUGACAGCGCACCCCCUUUAUCGUUAUGCUUUCAAUGCCGUAUCCGUUUAUGCUGGAGCUGAUAUAAAAGUCGGGACUCAA